CCAAAUUCUUUUCUUUGAAUUUCAUUCCGUGGUUCUUUCACUCCUGUAUCUUAAAUAUGUCCACACACAAGAAAAAGACCAGGAAAUUGAGGGGGCAUGUGUCCCACGGUCACGGACGUAUCGGUAAACACCGUAAGCAUCCCGGUGGGCGGGGUAACGCUGGCGGUAUGCAUCACCACAGGAUAAAUUUUGACAAGUAUCAUCCGGGUUAUUUUGGCAAGCUCGGUAUGAGAAAUUACCAUGUAAGGAAGAACAGCAAGUGGGCACCCGCAAUUAAUUUAGAUAAAUUGUGGACGCUGGUCAGCGAGCAGACCAGGCUGAAGUACAAGGACCAUCCGGACGGUAAAGCCCCGGUUAUAGACAUAGUGAAAGCCGGAUAUUACAAACUUCUAGGCAAAGGUCUGCUGCCUAAACAACCCGUUAUUGUUAAAGCGAAAUUCUUUUCGAGAUCGGCGGAGGAGAAAAUCAAAGCUGUCGGCGGCGCUUGCGUCUUAUCUGCCUAAAUGUGAAUAAAUUUUUGAAAAAAAAUUGUGAAUUUU